AACCAUGAAACGAAACUUGAACUCGAACAAAACGUGAAUAACUGGCAUCACCUCAAGACAUAGACAGGAUAUAAUUUCAGUCUGUAACUUUCGUUAUUCACUUUCUCUGGCUCUUACAGGUCAUUAGAACUGCACCACAAAAAUAUCCUUUGCCAACCCGAGACCGAGGCACAGAAAGACAGCGAACCGCUAAAAAAACAGAGUAAUGGCAGCAGUACAGGUAACCACGGUGACAUCCCGCUCUUCUGGUGCUUGGACCACUGGGCUUUGUGACUGUUGUUCAGACUGUGGCACUUGCUGCUGUGCGCUCUGGUGCUUCCCCUGCAUGCAGUGCCAGACGACCUCCCAACACGGCUGGUGCUUCUGCAUGCCUCUGCUGGACCCCUGUGCCUGCCUUGCCGUCUCCUGCUGCCUGCGUCAGUCUAUCCGCGACCGACAUGGCAUCAACGGUUCGUGCUGUGAUGACUGCAUCACAGUGUGCUGUUGCUAUCCUUGUGUGUGGUGCCAGAUGUCUCGAGAAUUGAAAAAUCGUGGCCACGCUACCUCCACCACUGUAAUCACCCAGCAGGUGAUGCAUUCCUAAGAGAGAGAGAAAAGGGAAGCCACACAUGCAAUCAAACACACUCCACACAGACAUGUACCCACCCACCCACAAACACAGGCACACACAUAGUAUAUCUCUUCAUAAUGUUUUCAUAUUGGUUUUUUUUUCAUGCAUUGUAUGUUCAUAAGCAGUGAAGAGUUGGACAGUAUAACAUUUUUGACAUUUUUUCCUUAAUACUGCUUCUCAAAAUAAUGCAUGUCAGACUAUACAUACUACAAACACAUUAACAUUUGGAAACCUUAACAUGCUUGUUUUUGCACUUAGUGCACAUAUCUGCAUACGUGUCUGGAUGUGUGUAUCUGUUCUUUAGGAGUGCAUGCAGUGAUAUUGUAAUAGCUCAUAAUCAGUGUGUUCAAUAACAACUAAAUAAAUGUUCUGUCAGAUUCUAA